AUGUUCUUCUUAGCCACUAACUUGGCAGUAGUUGUGAUUCUGUCUCGAGGAAGCUGCGGCCUCUCCAGAUGCAUCACUUACUACCUGAUAUCCAUGGCGGUGACAGAUCUCCUGGUAAUCAUCACCUCUGUAAUAUUAAACAGAAUUGUUGGUAUUUAUUUCCCAUUCACUAUGUUGUCCAUCACUCCAGUUUGUAGUCUUAGUUUUGUGAUCAUAUAUGGAGUCAGAGAUUGUUCUGUCGGUGUAACUGUCGCAUUCACCUUUGAUCGAUUUGUAGCCAUCAGUUGCCAGAAGCUUAGAACCAAAUAUUGCGCCAAGAAAACAGCAGUCCUUGUGAUCGGAGCUGUCUGUGUUCUGGGCUGUGUGAGAAAUAUACCCUGGUACUUCAUUUAUGAGCCUUCGUUUAAAAUUAACAAUACACCCUACUCCUGUAGUGUGAAAUUAAUAUUUUACACGUUACCUAUGUGGGCUGCAUUUGACUGGAUUCUUGCAAUUCUCACUCCUUGGCUCCCGUUAAUUUUAAUUUUUCUGCUUAAUGCUCUCACCAUCAGAAACAUUCUAGCAGCCAAUGGAGCCCGCAGGAGAAUCCGGGUGCACAGCGAUAGAGAGAAUCAUAGUGACCCAGAGAUUGAAAGGCGGAGAAAGUCUAUUAUUUUACUAUUUACCAUCUCGGGGAGUUUCAUUCUUUUGUAUUUGCUGUACUUUAUAAACAUCAUUUAUGUCAGGAUUGCGAAAGUUACAUAUUUCUCAGGUUCAACUUCUGAUGAAUCAGCAUUCUUUCUGGAGGAAAGUGGUUACAUGCUUCAGUUUUUGAGCUCCUGCAUCAAUCCGUUUAUUUACACAGGGACCCAGAGUAAGUUUAGACAGAACUUAAAAGAUGGUCUGAAAUAUCCACUGGCUCCAAUUAUUAGACUACUUAAAUAUAAAUCUUAA